GUCGAUGGCUCUUGUUGUCGCUGUAUGUCGGUAGUGGUCUAACAAGGGGUCUCCCGGACAGUGAACCAUCAUGCCCUGAUGUCUGACGGUGCAAAUAACAGUCACUAUGAUCCCUUUCGCGCCGCGUCCAGUGCGGAAAUUGCCCUGGAAUGUGUCGUGGCAACUUUUAUCGGUAUCGCAUGGUAUAAUGCCAUCGAACUCGUCGUCCUAUGUUUCACCACAUUCAAACGAUAUGGGGGCUGUUAUUUUUGGAGCCUGGUGAUAGCCUCCAUCAGCAUUGUCCCCUUUGCCUUGGGCUAUGCGCUGCUCAUCUUUAAAAUAUUCCCCAGUUACUUCUCGGUCGCACUGGAGGUGGUAGGGUGGUGGGGCAUGGUCACCGGCCAAUCCAUGGUCCUCUGGUCGCGAUUGCAUCUCGUCGUUCACAGUCGCAAGAUCUUGCGCUGGACAUUGAUCAUGAUUAUCACGGAUGCCAUUCUGUUUCAUGUCCCCGCGUCGGUCCUGGAGUUCGGCGCUCAUUCCAACCACCAAGCUCAGUUCAACCCGGCCUUUGAUAUCUUCGAACGGAUUCAACUAGUGGCCUUCUCGGUCCAAGAGAUCAUAUUAUCGGUCAUCUAUGCGUGGGCCGCAGUCGAAAUGCUGAAACUCAUUCCCCGGGGCCAUUAUAAAGGCAUCCUGAUCCACCUCCUGGUUAUCAAUUUCGUCAUGAUCAGCAUGGACGCGGUUGUAGUGGGGAUGCAAUAUGCUGGCUUCUUUCGCCUUCACGUAUCCCUGAAAGCCAUGUUCUACAGUGUCAAACUGAAGAUGGAAUAUGCAAUCCUGGGAAGACUGGUCCAUGUCGCCGCCGUUCCGGUGCAUCCACUAUCGGGCUAUAUUCCGACCCGUCGAUCUAGUUCUGUAUCACGCAUAUAGAGCUUUGCGGAUGUGGAUAUAUCUUGGGUAGCAUUGGUUUUUGCGAUGUAUAUAUAUCACCAUCGCAACCAAUGACAGAGCUUUUCUCUAAACCCGCAGGAACGCCUCCAGAGAAGCAACCCAUGUUGGUGGCAAAACGGAAAAGCUGCAACUCCUGAAUAGCACGGAGCUUUCUCAGUGGAGUUUCAUAUAGCAUGACGCUGCUCAUCGUGCAGUUCAUGGAGAAACGGUGAGUAUGUCCGGCCUGCAUUGACUACAAGCCAGUGAAUGGCUUCCUGCGCAGUAUGAGCAAAAGGUUGAAGCCGAGUAUGGUGGCGAAAUUAUAGGUUUACCCGGGAGGAGGUCAAUCUGAUGUUUGCCUUUUCCCUGUGCCUAACAAGUAGGUUUAGUAGCAUAGGACAAUGCUACAUGGUAUCGAUGUCAAUACCUAUGAGAAAUACCCUGCAACGAAGUUAAUCGGAUCUGCCUGAGAUUGACGGAUACGGAAGGAUACGUGUAUACAUACUUACCCCCGUGAUGCCCCCGUGAUGUGUAACUGUAUAUAAAAUUAGACAGACCCGUCGGCAUCCUCGUCUCCUUGAGACACCCCGAUUAGGGCGAAAAAAGAUUC